AAAUGAUAUUAACUGUUUUGCAUUUUCAGAUUGUGAAAGUUGAAUGUGACCUUCAUAUUGACAGAGUUGGACAAGACAGCACAAUGGCAACUGUAGCUGCUGAAAUAAAGGAUUAUGGCAUGGAAUAUGAAGCCUUUAGUCAGAAGCUUUCCCUUAACAAGAAGUCAUUUCAGAAGAUUAUGUCAUCUUCCAUUUGUGAGAUGAACACAGUUUGCCAGAAUCAGUAUGAUCUCCUCUUAAAAACAAAAGGAGAAAUCCAGGAAUUACAAGAGAAAAUCAAUGGAAUCCAGCUUGAAAUUAAAGCUGUUUAUGGGGACAAGGACAGAGCAGGUCGAGAAUUUCAGCAUCUGAGACAAGAACUGGAUCAGAUUAACAUGGAUAUAAAUGAAAAGAUUCAUGAAAAGGAGACUGUAAACAAGAAGCUGGCAGAAGCAAAGUACCAAUUAAAGGAAAAAGAGCUACAAGUGGAAGAUACUGAACGAAAAAAUCAG